CCCACCCCCACCCCCAUCCCUCACCUCCACCCUUUUUUGUUUGUGACCCAACGGCCAAACAAACAAAUCCAGACAAAAGCGGUGUGCAACAGGCGAAACAUUAAAGUUGGAUCCAACUUGCUCACUAUUUUAAAGGUAGUUGAAUGGUUUGGCCGAAGCAAUGGCUGAGCAUUCGAAAGCUACGUUCGUGGACCAUUGGGAGCCAAUAAUAGCAGCAGACUGCCCAGUCCCUUGGGACACCAUAAGGAAACUUGGUCCACGACAGCAGCAAGAUUUCUUUGGUCCGUUCUCCGUGCACGACAAUGAGCAUGAAAAGCUUCCCAGUAAUGAGCUAUUCCGUGUCCUUUUCGAUACCACUGCACAUGGGAAGAUUUUAGUUUUUGUGCAGCCAAGGCUGGGCUUAACUAGAGAAUUGUGUGUGUCAGCGCUGUCAAAUGUCAUAGAACGCAAGCGUAUAGAUGAAGCCCCCUCUCAGAAGUCAACAAGUAGUCAGCUGCCUCUUAAUUCAAUCACAUCUAUCAAAAUACCUGUUACACAUGAUUCAAAGACAUGGAAGAUAUUUGAGUACCCUUCAUCCAUGAUGCGCAGCUUCCGUUUGAAACUGAGGGUUUAUGCACAAAAAACACUUCCUGGAGAUUCCAUUAUUUCGUUUUUGAAUUCAAGGCGGAUUUUAGAUUCCACUACAUUCUGUGACAUUCAACUUCAAGUUGACGGUCAAAACUUCCCUGCUCACAAGGCUGUUCUCUGUGUAAAGAGCUGUGUUUUCAUGGCUAUGUUCACGGGAGACUUUAAAGAAAAAACUUCUGAUACGGUUUUAUUUGAAGGUGUGUCCAAAGAGGCUUUUGGUAGAUUCCUAGAUUAUCUCUAUACUGAGAAACUAGAAGGAGAUUAUAAAACUUAUAUUUUGGAGCUUCUGAAUCUCUCUGAGCGUUUCCAGGUGGCACGGCUUAAGGCAGAGUGUGAGAUGAGGCUGUGGAUGUCUAGCGGCCCGACCGCCCUCAGCCUCCUACUGGAGGUGGACGAGUGGCCCGUGGUGACCGCGGACUUGAAGAACCGACUGUGCCAAGUGGUAGCAGAGGAGUGGUGUUCCGUGGAGAACACUGACAUAUGGCGGUUGCUGCAGGUUAGCAACCCAGUGGCGGCAGGCUUCAUCCAAGCCUUCGCGCUCGCGCCCGUUGUCGCACCGCCCGCUUUUAAGUGUUUCAACGCGGUCCCAGUUCCAACCCCAGAGAUAGGAAAGGCCUCCAGGAAGCGACCCGCGUCUUCGUAGGCCUCUUUCACUAGUUCUUGUUCUAUGUUAUCUUGUAUUGGUUCUUUGCAGAAUUGUUAUUGAUACAGGAUGGGAAUUUUUUUCCCCCAAGUGCCAUGUUUGUGUUUUAAAUUUAAAAUUGGCGUUUUUGAUGAAGGGAUGCAAUAGUUCCUUUGUGCAUGUAUGGAAAACAAAUUAAGGACAAUAAAUUGUAUUUUUUUCAGA